AUGUUACGCACGAUCGGUGAAUUCCGACGUAAACACGCGGCGAGCAUGGAAACUGGCGGCGCCUCGCGGACGUUACAUGUACUACACGGCCCUCCAGGUAUAGGUAAAACUACAGUAUGCAAAAAGGUUGCAUCUAUCCUGGAGAAGAGGAGCAAGAAUUUCGAUGGAUUUUACACAGAAGAGGUGCGAGAUCGAAGCGGCUCCAGGAUUGGUUUUGACAUCGUGCGAGUACGAGAUCCCGAAAGAAGAUUGUCCUUGGCACGAAAAAAAAAUUUAACGGACGCUCGGCAGGCUUCUGAGCAUCAAGUAGGAAACUACCGGGUCUUCUUGGAUAACUUCGAGGCGGUAGCGCUUCCACUAUUGGAUUUGAAUACUGAUAUAUUAUUCGUUGACGAGAUCGGCAAGAUGGAGUUAUUUAGCAAAGACUUUAAGAAGAAAGUAGCAGACAUAUUAUUGGGUUCCUCCAAGAGAACUUUCGUGAUUGGAACUAUUCCGCAAUUGCACAAAGUGUCACGACAGCACGCGGCACUGUUUGAGAAUUUACACGCAGACAAGAGAAUUAAGAUUCUAAAUGUGUCUCGCGAAAAUCGGAAUAAUUUACCAGAGGAAAUUAUUCGUUCUUUAUAA